CAAAGUUAUCGGAAAAGGAGAAGUCUGCUUGGAGACGAUGAAUGGUACGAAGCUACUGCUGAAGGAUGUCAGGCAUGUUCCAAAAAUGCGCCUGAAUCUCAUCUCUGUAGACAAGUUGGAUGAGGAAGGUUACUGCAACACCUUCCACAAUGGCCAGUGGAAACUCACCAGAGGCUCCUUGGUGUUGGCCAAGGGCAAGAAGCUGUCAAAGUUGUAUGUGACGGAAGCCAAGAUCUCCCCAGAGAUUGUCAACUCAGCGGAGAAUGGUGACACAAUUGAAUUGUGGCACAAACGGCUCGGUCACAUGAGUGAGAAGUCCAUGGCGAAGUUGGCCCAGAAGAAAGUCAUAGUUGGGUUGGAUCAUGUUCAUCUAAAGAAGUGUGUCGAUGGCCUUGCGGGAAAGCAAAACCGAGUUGCUUUCAAAAGUUCCAUCCCUUCAAGAGCGAAGAAUGUGUUGGAUCUAGUUCACUCAGAUCUCUGUGAACCCGAUGUCAACGUCAAAUCACUUGGAGGUGCCAGAUAUUUCGUGACAUUCAUUGAUGACCAUUCACGGAAGACUUGGGUGUAUACCUUGAAGACUAAGGAUCAGGCCCUAGACGUUUUCAAGCAAUUCCUGGCCCUGGUGGAGAGGGAGACUGGCAAGAAGCCGAAGUGCAUCCGGACUGACAAUGGUGGAGAGUACAGAGGUCCGUUUGCUACCUUCUGCAAAGAACAUGGAAUUCGACAACAAUUCACACCACCAAAGACGCCGCAAUUGAAUGGGCUAGCUGAGAGGAUGAACAGGACCCUGCUAGAGAGAGUCAGGUGCUUGUUAUCACACUCGAAGCUACCACAAUCUUUCUGGGGGGAGGCACUGCUUGCAGCAGUUUAUGUGUGGAACAGGUCACCCAGUGUGCCACUGAAGUAUGAUGCCCCAGAGAAGGUGUGGACAGGAAAAGAAGUUUCCUACAAACAUUUGUGGGUGUUUGGUUGCAAGUCCUUUGUCCAUAUUCCAAAGGAUGAAAGGUCAAAGUUGGAUUCAAAGACGCGACCGUGCGUAUUCAUUGGCUAUGGUCAAGAUGAGUUUGGCUAUAGAUUCUUUGAUCCAAUCCAAAAGAAGCUUAUCAGAAGUCGUGAUGCUGUGUUCAUCGAAAAUGAGACCAUCGAAGAUGUUGUUGCUAGGAAAGAAGUUCCUAGUACUGAUGCUAGUCAGCCAAACCUUGAGCUAGUGCCUCCAACACCAGCGCCUACAGAAGUUGGAGAGGAAGCACAACAUGAUCAGCCUGAGAUAGUUGAACUAGAUGCCCAUGUGGAGGUUCAACCAGAAGAUGCUGAUGACGAUGGUCAACCACCAGCCAUAGAAGGUUCUCCUGUUCGAACAACAAGAUCUGGUAGAAUUUCACGACCGUCUACGAGAUAUCCCGAGACGGAAUACGUCUCACUUACUGACGGCGGAGAACCAGAAAGCUUCAUAGAAGCUAUGAAUGAUGAACACAAGCAAAGGUGGAUAGAAGCCAUGCAAGACGAGAUGGAUUCCUUGUAUGAGAACAACACAUUUGAGCUGGUGAAGUUGCCAAAAGGCAAGAGAGCUUUGAAGAACAAGUGGGUGUUCAAGAUCAAACAUGAUGAACACAACCGUCAGCCACGCUUCAAAGCCAGACUAGUCGUGAAAGGCUUCAGUCAAAGGAAAGGCAUUGACUUUGACGAGAUAUUUUCACCUGUGGUGAAGAUGACAUCCAUUCGUACUGUGUUGGGACUAGCAGCAAGUCUUAACCUGGAGGUUGAACAAAUGGAUGUGAAAACUGCUUUCCUUCAUGGUGAUUUGGAGGAAGAGAUUUACAUGGAGCAACCAGAAGGCUUCAAGAAGGAGAAAAAGGAGGACUAUGUGUGCAGGCUCCGUAAGAGCUUGUAUGGCUUGAAGCAGGCACCAAGACAGUGGUAUAAGAAGUUUGAGUCUGUUAUGGGGGAGCAAGGCUACAUGAAGACUACUUCAGACCACUGCGUGUUCGUGAAGAAAUUUCCUGAUGGAGAUUUCAUCAUACUUUUGCUCUAUGUGGAUGAUAUGCUAAUUGCUGGGCAAAACGUCUCAAAGAUCAAUGAUUUGAAGAAGGAGUUGAGCAAGUCUUUUGCCAUGAAAGACUUGGGACCAACAAAGCAAAUUCUUGGCGUGAGGAUCGUUCGGGAUCGAGGUGCUAAGAAAAUAUGGUUGUCACAAGAGAAGUACAUUGAGAAAGUACUUCAAUGUUUCAACAUGGAUAAUGCUAAGGCGGUUAGCUGUCCUCUUGCUAACCACUUUACAUUGACAUCCAAACAGAGCCCGUCUACUGAGAAGGAAAAGGCGGAGAUGGAUAACAUUCCAUAUGCUUCAGCAGUGGGAAGUUUGAUGUACGCCAUGGUAUGUACAAGGCCAGAUAUUGCUCAUGCGGUUGGAGUUGUCAGUCGGUUUCUUUCCAAACCAGGAAAGGAACAUUGGGAAGCUUUGAAGUGGAUCCUCAGAUACCUUCGAGGUAGCUCCAAAAUGAGUCUAUGUUUUGGAGAUGGUGAACCUGUCCUUGUUGGCUAUACAGAUGCUGACAUGGCAGGUGAUGUUGAUUCGAGGAGGUCCACUUCUGGGUACCUGAUUACCUUAUCAGGGGGAGCAAUAUCGUGGCAGUCAAGGCUACAAAAGUGUGUAGCUCUUUCCACAACAGAAGCUGAGUAUAUAGCAGUAACGGAAGCAUGCAAGGAGAUGAUAUGGAUGAAGAAGUUCCUAAAUGAACUUGGGUUCCUACAGGAACGACCGCAGUUGUUCUGUGACAGUCAAAGUGCUAUUCAUCUUGCGAAGAAUGCUUCAUUUCAUGCUCGAUCAAAACAUAUUGAUGUCCGAUAUCACUGGAUCCGAGAUGUGCUUGAAAUGAAACAGCUACAACUGGAAAAGAUCCAUACCGACGAAAAUGGAUCUGACAUGUGUACCAAGACUCUUCCAAGAGAAAAGUUUGAGUUCUGUCGAUCAGCUGCAGGGAUGAUGAAUUUGCCCAUGUAGUCGGGUGGGGGAGAUUUGUUGUGCCCUCCUCAUGUGGUAGAGAAGAGGCCAACAAGGUUGGUGGUGGAAAUAGAUUAAAAAAAACAAAACAAAACUUAAAUUGGGGGAGGAGAUGACGGUUGGCAAUCCAACCACUAGAAUUAAUCCCCUCUUCCUUGCUAGCCUAUAAAAGGCAGAGGCAGUAGCCUCAAAAUACGAUCCCUCACCAUUCCAUUAUUCUCCAUUUCCUUUGCUCUGCUUCUGUUCGUAUUUCUUUUGUGGGUUUUUUGGUAGUGAAACAUUUUCACUACCACGGGUAGAUAGGAGAUUUCCUUGUGAGUGAAAUAGUGAGGUUGUUUGGGAAACACCGUGUGUUCUAUUUCUUGUAUCGAGAAAAUCUCUGUAACCUACCAUUGUUAUAGUAAAGAAAUACUCCGGAGCUGUUGUUCCCGUGGACUGGCCCAAAAUCAGGGUAUACCACGUAAAUCCUCGGUGUCAUUUAUUAUUAUCUAUGCUUGUUGUUAUUUUGAGAAUAGUCGUAGUAUAUUGCAUUAUUAAAUUACCGAAGUAAAUUGAUCUAAGUAAGUUGGUUACCGUAAUUCUGGAGGCUCUGCCACCAGGUCCAACUUAUUUGUGAACUUUUUACAAGCGUGUGAUUUCUUAGUGCAAUAUAUUUACCCGCUAUUCUCACCCGCUGCGCCCAACAUUUUGUAUUCUACACUUUCUUCUUCUAAUCCUCUUGUUUAAAUAAACACAGAAUUUCAAUGUUGAUUGUCCUCCAUCACCAGAGUAUGCUUACAUCUACAAUCGAGAACACUAUUAUUUGAGUGAGGGGGAUUUAGACAAGAAAGUUCAGAGAAAGGGCGGUUAAAUUUGUGAUCGACACAUAUAAUCAACAAAAGGUAUGUAAAGUGUUUUCUAUUUGGUAAUUUUCUAACCAAGGGUGUGAAGUGAUACCCUCAAAUUUUACCUUGAGUGGCAUAGAACACUCUCCAGUCUCCACAUGUGUUUAAAUUAUCUUCAAUAAUGUUUCAGGGUCAGAACUUCAUUUUACUCGGAGUUAAGAACGUAAAUAUCCAGCGGUCUUGCUGUAAUUACGUAUUCUUUAUAACCUUUGAAGGCUUCAAUCAGUCUCAUUAUAAGUCAACCGACAACAGUUAUGUCCAAAUUUAUCAAACACCGGUAACUUAUGCAUGUUGGCGUUGGCGCUCUCCUAACUAUACAAUUCAUAUUUUCAGGAAAAGUAACUCAAAGGGUAAAGGUAAUUAUCUUACCGAGAAUGGUUUAUCACCUGAUCCAAGUUAUGAAAAAUGCACAAGGGUAAAGAAAGAGUUGAUGUGGACAUUGGAAUGAAAAAACCAGAGGGGAACCCACUUUGAGAGUUGACAGUUGAUGGUAAUAUUGUUGUACGUUUUUGAAGAACUCGUUUCGAAAUAAGAUGUUAUGUCUUUG